AGCCAAUCAAACGGAGCCUUGUCUCUAAGACUAGAGGACGUAUGGAGGUUUUCUACAUUGGUCAAGACCUUUUGAUCACAAUGACAUCUCUGAAUUUUGCUUUGAUUUGCCUGGUCUUCUGGAAAAUUGACCGGGUAACUAAUAUUCAGCUCUCCUCAAAUGUUCGUCAAGAGAGCGGCUUUAUAUCAGCUAAUGUUGGGGACAAUGUAACUUUGCGAUGUUUCUACGAAGGUGACGUUGCAGUUAUGUUUUACUGGUACAAACAAACCCUGGGACAAAAGCCAAAGCUCAUCUCUAGCUUCUACAAACAUGACAAAGAUGGCACUUUUAGCGAGGAUUUCAAGAACAAUCCAAGAUUUUCUUUGGACAGUAAAAAUGGAAAGAACCACUUGACAAUCUCGAAUUUACAAAUGUCUGACUCAGCAACGUAUUACUGCAUAAGCUGCUAUGCGUACAAGUUUGAAUUUGCAGAGGGCGCCACAAUCCAUGUGAAGGGUUCGGAUUUGAACCUUCAAACUUCAGUCCAUCAGCUGUCUUCUGCAACCGUCCAGCUAGGAGCCUCUUUGACUCUGAACUGUACAGUCCACACUGGGACUUGUGAUGAAGAACACAGUGUUUACUGGUUCAAAAGCUCAGAAAAAUCCCAUCCAGGACUCAUUUACACCCAUGAGGGCAGGAACAAUCGCUGCGAGAGGAAAGCUAACACACAAACAAACACGUGUGUCUACAAUUUGCCAAUAAAGAGCUUGAAUUUGUCUGAUAAUGGGAUGUAUUAUUGUGCUGUUGCCUCUUGUGGACACAUACUGUUUGGUAAUGGGACCAAGCUGGGCUCGGAGGAUGAGGUGACCUUUCCUGACUUUCUUGUGCAUGUUUUAAGUGGAGUCUUGGCAUUCACCACCACUUUGAGUCUUUUAAUGAGUUUUCUAGUGUGGAAGAUGAAUAAAGAGUCACAAGCAAGAUGUUCAGAUGCAGCUAAUGCAGAGGGAUACCAAGAUGCAGACAACCUUCACUAUGCUGCCGUACAGACACAAAAGUCCAACCGGCAAAGGAGGCAGAUGAAUGACACCAUGAAUCACUGUGUGUACUCCAGUGUAAGGCAGCAGAUCUGAACCUGUUUCAUCUAGACUUUGUUUCAGCGUAAGAUGUGGUUUUGUUAGCGUGUGUUUUGAGAUCUGUUGUGAAGAUAAUCAGUACAAAGCCUUGGUUACAAAGGUGCUACAUUUCCAUUAUCAGUAUACUUGUUGAUUCUCAGGGGUAAGAAAAACAGUAAGAAAACAUGUUACUUUAUGAAGCCAACCUUUCUGAACAUGUGCAUAACACACUGUGCCACAUCACCAUAAAUAUAAGCCAGUUUAUGUCACAAGAAAUACAAUGUACAAUGUAAUGAGUGCUCUCUACUGGGGAAUAUCUGUUUAUCUUUUCAUAUUGUGGUUACAUAUUUAAGAAUCUUUUUAUAGCUUAGAUUAAGGUCUGAAGUUUAAAAAAAGUCAUAAAGUUAAAUCUCUAUAUGUCUGGGUGAUUCAAAGAUAAAACAAACAACAAAAACAAACCAUCUGCUCUUUUGUUUUUGUGUCUGUGUAGUUGCAAACAGGAAGCCUCCACUACUUUUCCACCAUUGCAGCCGUAUACUAGCUAAAACAACAAGGUUAAUGCAAUUAGCACUUUUGAACUAACUCUGCUGAAAGUUUGCAGCACGGCUAUUUUUCCAUAGUGUAGUGGUUUACGUGUUCAACGGGUGAAAGAUUUCCGGUUCGAUUCCAGGAGGAGAGAUGAAUGGAGUAUUUCUCUGAAAUUGCAAAAGUUAGAACAAAUUAAAAUGGAGCUACCUACCUGUGAAUAAAUGAUCUGCCAAAAGUUGCAUGAGCUCUAUGAAGGGCCUUCUUGCUGUGCUGGUGUAUUUUGCAUGGUUUUAAUGGAAUUUUCUGACAAAUAAAAUAUAUUACACACCAUUCAAGAUGCUUAUUUGGGUUAUUUUCUUUCCUGCUGACUGUUUGGAAGAUAUCUGUGUCUUUUUGUUGCACCUGUACAAUUUAUGAAUGCAGCUUGCUAACAUUAGCUGGCAAUUCAGCACUCCACCCUGAUAUGACUGAAAUAACUGAUAUACAAGACUUGGUAAGUCUUAAAUCUUUGUUUUUCCCCAUUAGCUGCCUGUCCUCAUAAACACACCAAAA